UAUAUUUUUAAUGUUUUUUUACAGAAAUCCUAAUUCAUUUAAAGUGGAGAAAACAAAAGAAAAACAUAGAAGCAAAAUUGAUAAGAGCUGGCCCAUAUAUGAUAAUGUACAUCAAAAAUAUAUGAUGCUUGGGGUUAAGCAGAAGGUACGUGAUCACUAUCACGCUCAUCGUCUCUCAUACUGGUUAAAUCUAUUCCCAAAGCUCCAUCGAACUAGAUCUGAAAACAUUAAUCUCGAACACAGUUUUCUCAUUGAUCACGAUAAUCCAUUAUCAUAUGAAGGUCCUGUGAGAGAGGUUCCAGUAAUUCUACCAAGAAUUGUAACAAAUGCUACAGCUAGUCCGAAAAUUGUAACCUCAAAAAAUGACACCAGUAAGGAUACUGCAAAGACCAAGACUGUUACCACGGUGCAGGUCAAUUAUCAAUUACCUACAAAAGAUUUAAAUGUGACUGAGUCUUCUGGAUCAAGUAUAUUAAGUGAACGUUAUUCAUUGGUGCUUCAUGCAACUGUAGGCGCUGGAAUAAUUCUUCUUCUUCUUAAUAUACUUAUAUUUGCUGGAAUUUAUUAUCAACGUAUUGAAAGAAAAGCUAAUGCUGCAUUGCGUAAGCGAAAUUCAAUGCAAACAUCAUUUCAAGAGCUUCAAGUGCAUCAGUCUGUAAUUACUCAUAAAAAAGCUGUAACGUUUCGAGAUCCUCCAUCAUCGCUGAUGUAUCAGACUGGAGACCUUGCGCUUCAACCACCAUCCCACUACAAACAUCCUCAUAAAGUGCACUUGAAACCUUGCACCAUUCCAACACCUCCAGAGCUCUCUCAGAAGUGACCUUAACCGCAACUAAAAUUCAUUUCAUAAGUGCUUUGCUGAUGUUUCAGCCAACUUAUCAUUUGGCUGUCAACAUUCAUAAUCCGAUCUUACUGAUGAACCAAGCAAUUUAAGUGGUUAAGCUGCAUAAAUUGUUUACGAGAAGCUUUUGCUGCAGAAAGGAGAAAUGGAUUUUAAAAUAGAUACCUCUGUAAUAUGCUCCUUCUUUGAUGUACGCAUUAUGUUUUUAUUCAAUGUGCCAAGGGUGGUAUUUUCAAGAUGAUAGAUGGCUCUCUGAACUUAAAUCUAGAGACGAGAAGUUAGAAGAAAUAUCGUCUAUAAUUCAUUAUGUUACUAUGUUUGUACUAGACAAGGAUUUAAAACUGAAGGUUAAAUACACACAUACAAGUUAAAUUAUUUAAAAACAGAUAAGGGCAAGUUUGUGUUAUAAAAGAAGAUGCUUUUAUAAUCUAUACCAGAAACAGCCGAAGGAUUUUUAAUGAUUGAUGCAGAUAUCACAUUAUGUAUAUUAUUUGAUAAGUGCAUGCCAUAAAUUGUAAAUGCUCUGUUCUGAACAUUAUUCUUGUGAAUCAUACACUGUAAAAAAUAUUCAUAAAUUUGAAACAUAUAUUUUUGUGUAUUAAAAUAAAUAUUAUAUUUUUUCCUA